AUGUCAGAACGAAAAGUGCUUCAGAAAUACUACCCCCCGGACUUCGACUACCGCGAGAUCGGGCGUCGCAAAGGACCGAAGCAGACGGGCCCAAAGGUGCAGACGGUACGGCUGAUGGCACCCUUCUCGAUGCGAUGCACGUCGUGCGGCGAGUUCAUCUACAAGGGCCGCAAGUUCAACUCGCGCAAGGAGAUACCGCAGGACGAGAAGUACCUCAACAUUCAGAUCUUCUUCUUCCACAUCAAGUGCACCCGGUGCUCGGGGGAGAUCACCUUCCGCACAGACCCCAAGAACAACGACUAUGCCAUGGUCCGGGGCGCCGUGCGUAACAUGGAACCCUGGCGCAACCGCGGCGCGGAGGAGGAGUCCAUCAACGACCGGCUUGACCGCAUCGAGCGCGAGGAGGCAGAGGCCCCCGCCGAGGAGGAGAGGAACGCCAUGGCUGAGCUCGAGGCCAAGAACGACGAGACCCGCAGGGAGAUGGCCGCCGCAGACGCCCUCGACGAGAUCCGUAAGCGCAACGCCAGGAUCAACCGCUCCGAGAAGGAGGACAUCGACUUCGCCGACACCGUGGUACGCUCCGAGGACGAGGAACGCCAGAGGCAGGAUGAGGAGGAUGAGGCGGCCGCCAGGAGGGCAUUUGCCGCCGCUAGGGCGCGAACCGACGUCGCUGAUGCAACUAGCAGCGGUGGGCGGGUUGUGGUAUCACCGGUAGCAGCAGCAGUGCCGUCAGAAUUGGACUCGAUGCUUGAUGCAGACGAGGCACUCAUGCCCCCUCCGCCUGUGCCAGCGCCGGUCACCAAGGCAGCGGACCCGCUGAAUUUGCCUGGUGCUAGCGCUCCGAGUUUCAAGAGGGUCGUCAAGAAGAAGAAGGAUCGAUCGGCACUGUUGGGGAUCAAGAAGGCGUCUUCUUUGGUGUAG